AUGGAUGACGAAGAAGAAGCUCCAGUUGAGGUCAUCACUGUUGAUUCGGACUCAGACACCGGAGGAACAAUCACAAUUCGGUCAGAUAACAAAAAUAUGAUUCGUCAACGACCACCGUCUCCUAUUCCGACUCUCGAGGAGUCCUUCCAGCUGAUGGCUGAGCGAUUCAAAUAUCUUGAAGAAAAAAUUAAGGUGGAAAAAUGUCCGUACAACACAUUCUGCAUCAGCUGCCUUGCGGUGAAAAGAGCUUACAACCAUGGAUGCCUGCAGACUCCAUGGAAAGAAGCUUUUGAAAACGCUUUCUUGGGAGUUUCGAUGCUAAACUCAACGUUCGUGGACCAUUGUUGGGAUGUGUCAGCUCAGUCUGCUGGACCAGAUGCCGUAUAUGAAAAAAGGAAGGUUAAAUUGAUGAGAACAUGUGUUCGAGAUGAAGAUGCAUAUGACGCUCAAGAAAUGAACAUUGCCUACCGUGUCGACUCUGCUCAAGACACAUCCCACGCAUUCAACAAUAUCGAAGUGCCGAUUUCAAAGAAGGACAAUGACCAAAUGAUCCAUCGCUAUUUGCAAACGUAUGAACGUUUGCAAUGGCUGAAGCAUAGCGACAUUCCGAUGACUAAGCCAAUGUCCCGCGGUCCGAAAGUCACUGAAUAUAUGUUUUGCAUUUUCUGCUACAAACUGCACCAUAUCGACGCCGAAGAGUGUCCAUCAAAAGAAAAUGAGAGAGAAGCUGUCCGACAGCUUCACGCCAAGUCGAGUGGGAUUUCAAUGCUCAACAAGGAGGUGGACUCGCCUCAAGAAGAGAAGCCAGGAUCUGGAAAGCCUGUGACAGACGCCGAAAUGCAAAAAGCUUUCAAUCAAAUCCAUAAAAGUCUUAUGAUGCAAAACGGACCAAUUGACAAGAACCGAAAGGAUUAUUGUUUUCAAUGCUCUCUCCCAAGGAAUUGUCAGUGUCCAAAUGGUCCUGCACUCAAACAGGCAACACAAAAAUUUUGGGAGAUCACGGAAGAUAUUCAAGUUAUGGAUGGGGACCUCAAGAAAAGAUGUGCAGAUUUUGCUUUGUACGAGGCAGGGAUUCAUGAGAAAAAUGUCGAGGCGAUACAACUUUCGGAGAGCUUGAGAGAUUUUGCCAAGGAAAUGGACUCGUCAGAGUAUGUGAGCAGCGACGAAGAAACAAUGAAGAGAGAUAAGAAGAAGUCAGAGCGGAGAAUCGCAAUCCAAGGACCGCCCGAUGAUAUUUCGUCCGACGAUAAUGCUGAUGAAUGUGCUCCAAGUACUUCUAACCAAUCGUUCCAUCGAUAUCGCCGUUCAAUUCCAGGACCGAGUGAUCCAGAUAUUGAAAUUGUAGACGAGUAUUCAGAUCACGAUGAACUCGCCGAUGAAAAAGAAGCAGUGAGCAAUGUGGAAGCAGAAACGUCAUUCAGAAAGAUACUCAUCGUUCUGAAUGAGAUGGACAUCGGCGCUCCAACUAUCAGUUGGAACCGGUUCUGUAAGAAUUACAGAACUCUGUAUAGUCAAAAUUACCCUGGUCCAAGAAACGAGGCAGAUAUUUUUGCCAAGAACGCAUUUCGAAAAAUUCGAAAUAGAUUCGAAGCAAUGAAUAAGGAUACGCUGAAGCUUUUCAACGGAUUCACUUUUGUCAACACGAUAAAAUAUGUAAAUUUGUGUGAAAUUGAUAAGCUGCGCCAGAGCAAAACCAAGAAGGAUCGAAAGACGGAAAGUGAUCAAGAAGCAGACCCAGGAGACGAUGGAGACGACGAGAAAGAAGAAGAAGGAAUAACGAUAGAUUCUGAUGACAAUGACGAAGUGAAUCCUGCCGAGCCGAUGAAGAGAAAAGUGGGAAGACCACAAGGCUGGCGAAAAUCGAGAACCAACCAAGGCCCUGUGGUGCGUCUUCGAGGAAGAAGAAGACCUCGUUGCUUGAAAACCAAAAAGUACAAUUUUUUGUGUACAUUUUCAAUGAAAAGAAAUUUCACAUUUUGCAGAGCUGACGAACCACCGAAGAAGAAGAAGUCGAAGAACAUCAUAGGAGGCCGAGGAUCCAGAUGA